CUUCAUGAAAGUGAUAUACCCCAUCGUACCAGGUUAACAGAGCUAAUCCUAGAACAAUAUGAGAAGCACUGGAAGAACGUUUCGUCGGAGAUGAAGGCUUCCCUUGGCCGGAUAUCUUUCACUAUGGAUAUGUGGUCUAACGGUGUUUUGAAGGGAUUCAUGGCUAUCACUGCGCAUUACAUGAUGAAGGAUGUAUCUGGCCAUCUCAUCAUGAGGUCACGCUGA